GUUUCAACACGGACCUGUAGGAGGAGUAGACUAGACGAGAAAUACUGCAUGAUUCGUUUACUUCCUCGUUUAGUGUGCAAUGCGAUAGUGUCAAAAGUUACGUCUCCAGCUCGUGAACAUUUUCAAGAUUUUAACGGCAACUAAGGUAAGGCAGUAUUAAGAUGCGAAUCUUAAUAUUGUGGAGACAAAUAUAGGGAAAGCAGUAAUUCAUAAUGAAUUAAAAGGUGUGUGAGCGUGAUCUCGGAAUUUAGGCCUAUUGAUGAGAUGCUACAUGUAUCCUAGGAGUGUCAUAUAGCAUAAACAUAUCCGGUAAUUCUGAUAGUAUUGCUCAGUCGAUAUUAGGCUAUAGUCCGUCUGAUUGAACUCGCAUGUGCGUAUUGCGUUCGGGCUUCAAGUUGAAUUGGUUCUUAUUACAGGAUUAAUGUAGCACUGUCUCUUUAAGAAGAAUACCUCAUAUUGUCCAGGAAGUUGUCAUGUAAUUGGAGGACGGCGCUCGUUGUUUGUAUCCGAUAGGUCGAAGGUAAUCAGUAUACUGUUACUUUGUAGCCGAGUGUUGCAAUUCUCUUACUUUACCUAAUCUAUAUCUUUCCUCCAUGAUUUCAAUCAUGAACAGGGUGCAACUGAAACGCUCAAAAAUCCUGAGAAUGGCUCUCGCAGGUUCGGACUCCAUGGAUGAAGGAAAAGGCGAGACGUUUUUACUUAGAUCCUUAAAAAUAGCUGGUGUGGUGGCACUUUAUUGGUUCAUUUCAAUAACCAUGGUGUUCUUAAAUAACUACUUACUAGACAGUAAAGAUUUGGACGCACCGCUGUUUGUGACAUUUUACCAGUGCCUUGUGACUGUCGGACUGUGCUAUGGCAUGCACUUGCUAUCCCAAUUGUGUCCAGGUGUCAUCGACUUCCCCUCCGUCAAGUUCGAUCUAAAGAUAUCCCGGGAGGUUCUACCCCUGUCCAUCGUGUUCAUUGGAAUGAUAACCUUCAACAACCUGUGCCUAAAGCAUGUAGGGGUGGCCUUCUACACUGUCGGCAGGUCGCUUAGCACGGUCUUCAACGUUCUACUCUCCUACAUGAUCCUCAAGCAGACCACGUCCUUCUACGCCAUCCUGUGUUGUGGAGUCAUUCUAGGUAGGUGGUUAUAAUAACUAACCCAUAUCUGGCCUAAGGCAAGUAUUUCGACUUUCUAGAAAGUUCUCAUGUCUAAGGCACAUACCCAAGACAGGCUGGUUAGACGACCCCUUUCCUUCCAGGUAGCCUAUAAUAAGUAACCUCACGCUUCUAUAUAAUUGCACCACGGGAUAAUACAUUCCUACAUGGGCCACACCUGUAUUGGCCAUAUAUUGAACAUAAUGUAAACUGCAAAUGAAUGAUAAAUUGCUAUAAAUGUUAACGCUUCUUUCUUUGUCUCUCCCUCCCAUCAGGUGGAUUCUGGUUGGGUGUGGACCAGGAAGGUGUGGCGGGCUCCCUGUCGUGGACUGGCGUGUUUUUCGGCGUGCUGGCCAGCGCCUGCGUCUCCCUCAACGCCAUCUUCACUAAGCGGGCGAUGCCGGCGGUAGACGGAAACAUCUGGAAGCUCUCCUUCUACAACAACAUCAACGCCUGCAUCCUCUUCGUCCCGCUCAUCCUCGUCUUCGGCGAGGUCGGCCACGUCGCCCAUUUCAGCCGCCUGGGCGACCCCACGUUCUGGGGCAUGAUGACACUGGGCGGCGUGUUCGGUUUCGCCAUCGGCUACGUGACGGGCCUCCAAAUCAAGUUCACGAGUCCGCUGACUCACAACGUGUCGGGGACGGCCAAGGCCUGCGCUCAGACGGUCAUCGCUGUGGUCUAUAACCAGUCCAGUAAAAGUUUCCUGUGGUGGACCAGUAACCUGAUGGUCCUUGGUGGGUCUUCUGCCUACACCUGGGUCAAAGGGAUGGAGAUGAAGAAGGUCCAGAUUCCCCAGGAGGAGGACAAAGAGAAACUGCUGGAGGAGAAGCGCGAUGCGGGGGUGUAGCAGGACUAGGAUGACCUUCCGCCGUGGUGGUGGUGGCCCGCUGGUGACCGAAGACAAUGUAAACACUAAGACCUAACCACAGAGUUGUGUUUCUACAGCGACGCUAUUUUGGAACAGUUGGGCUGUCAAUCUAAAUGAAUGUUACUGUAGUCAGUAGCACAAACAGAGGUGUGGGAAGGAUACAGGGUUGUUUUGUUACUGAAUGGGCCCUUAUUGUUUUAUAAAAUGGUGGUAAUUUCCUUGGAAGGUUAUUUUGUCCAAUCCUUUUAUUUGUUAUUUAUUUAGAUUAUUCAGUGGAUUAUUCAAUAGAUUUAUUCAGUGGAUUAUUCAGUGGGUUAUUCAGUUGAUUUAUUCUGUGGGGUAUAACCUAAAUCAUUAGUCUCUGCUUUCAGAACAGCAGAACUUAUUUUGUUAAUUAUUCACAUGCCAUGUCUGUAGGAUGGUAUCUAAAUAAAGUGACUUUCCUGUUAGCCUAUAUGUGGCAUCAGGAAUGUGAUGCAACACUGCAAUAUGACACAGCGAAAGACAGUUUUAUGACAAGUGGGGCUCUUGUGUUGGUUAUACAGUUUGCAUAUGGACGAUGGAGACUGACUGUAAGGCUUCAAUAGCUCACCUUUGUUAAUAAGUGAUUAAGCCAGUGCUGGUUUGAUGGAACAGCUUUAAGGUGUCAGUCACGUUAUGUCUUUGAAGCAGUGACACUGUGGGUGAUAAGUGAAAACCGUCAAAGGGAUGGCCGGUUCUCUCUCGCUUCAGUAGGAGCACUGCAUUUGGAAUAAUUGACAACAAAAUGAUGAUGUAAUCUGAACUGUUUUAUGACCUGAGAUGGAGAAGUUCUAUGACUGUUUCAGUGUGUGUGUGUGUGUUUUGUCUUCAAAGAAACUGAUCAUAGAAGGAAUGUGAAAGAUCAUUUAUUUGGUGAUGUCUUGUGUGUGUCAUGAAACUUUAAUAAUAAUAAUAAUAUGCCAUU